UCCUCUUUCCCGGCAAAAGUAAUAACAAAAAGAAAAGGAAAAUACAGAGAACCAAAAUGUUUCGCGGCGUCGCAAGAAGCGUCGCUGCUCCUCCUCCUCCUCCUCCUCCUUCGGCGUCGACUGCGUUCGCCUUCCGGCGAUUCGAGCCCACCAGAAUGCGGGGAGCAGCGCGCUUCUCCUCCAAGAGCCUCCCGGAAGACCCCGACUCUCCAGGGCCUAAACCAGGUGAAGCUCCAGGUGGACCUUCUCUGCCAGCGAUUCGAGUUUUCGCGAGGAAGAAGAAGCGGUUGAAGGAGGCGGUUCUGGUCGAGCAAAAGCAGCCUAAAGUCGAACCUCUUCUUAGUCGAAAGCCAAGUGAAUUACCUGACAUCGAAGAUUUUGCGUACAAGAAUCCUAAUGCAUCUGCCUUCUCAGGACAUUCAAAACGAAAAUCAGAUGUCAUUGUGCAGGUGAAUGGAGUCGUUUCCCAAGUGAGGCCAAGAGGUGCACCACCUCCAAACUGGGAAAAAGUUCUUGAAGGAAUUCGCAUGAUGAGAUCCUCUGAAGAUGCUCCAGUGGACAGCAUGGGAUGCGAGAAAGCUGGAAGUUCUCUUCCCCCUAAGGAAAGGAGGUUCGCUGUCUUGGUUUCAUCACUCCUGUCAAGCCAAACAAAGGAUCAUGUUACACAUGGUGCUGUACAGCGACUCCUUCAGAAUGACAUGCUUACAGCUGAUGCCAUCGACAAAGCUGAUGAGGCAUCUAUUAGGAGCUUAAUCUAUCCAGUUGGGUUCUACAUGAGAAAGGCUAGUAAUUUGAAAAAGAUAGCCACAAUCUGUCUUGCUAAGUAUGAUGGAGACAUUCCAAGCUCACUGGAGGAGCUGCUACUGCUUCCAGGAAUAGGCCCCAAAAUGGCUCACCUGGUUAUGAACAUUGGGUGGAACAAUGUCCAAGGAAUAUGUGUAGAUACUCAUGUGCACCGCAUUUGCAAUCGGCUGGGUUGGGUUUCCAGACCACGCAGAAAGCAGACAUCAACUCCUGAAGAAACUAGAGAAGCAUUGCAGCUAUGGCUGCCAAAGGAAGAAUGGGUCCCUAUAAAUCCUCUUUUGGUGGGAUUUGGACAGACAAUAUGCACUCCCCUUAGGCCUCGUUGCGAGAAGUGUGGUGUGCACGAACUUUGCCCAUCUGCUUUUAAGGAGACAAUGCUUAAGAAGUCUUGAGCAUGCAGUUUCGACCUUGUUUUUAAUUCUGCUAGAAUAGAUCUGCCAAAUGAUGGUCAUUGCCGACACAUUAUUGCUAUGCAUUCCGAAAGAUCAGAAGAUUAGUCAAGUUCUAUAGGUUCCUCCAUCUCUAUUCCUUUUUCUUUUUUGUUUCUUAUGCAUGAGAGGCUGUUCGUGCAUUAUUGGAAUGUUGCCUGCCUCUGCUUUGAGGAACCUAAACCCCACAUAUUCUGUUUCUCUAUGUUCUUGUAGAUGCUCCUUCUCUGGGUUUUCUAAAUCUUGUAAAGCCCAAGUGUUUUGGUUGUUAUGGGGAUGUAGACUACGUGCCAUUGACUAUACCAUCGGCCUUCGUCCAUUGACUAUAUAUAUGUGUCUUCCCUGU